UCUGAGGCAAAGGGAGAAAAACAACAGGAAGCAGCUCAAGACAGACAGCAUCGGGCUCAGAGCAAGGGGAAGUGGGCAGAGAUUCCCUAAGGACUGGGGCAAUCCCGGAGCCAACCCGAUUUGAGAAGCAGGCAACAGGAUGCUGGGGCUCAAAGCUGGGUUGCUGCUGUUGCUGCUGCUCUGGACUGCUCAGGGCCGGGCUGUGCCUGGGGACAGCAGCCCCGCCUGGACUCAGUGCCAGCAGCUCUCCCAGAAGCUCUGCACACUGGCCUGGAGUGCACAUCCCCAGAUGGGACCCAUGGAGCUACUAAGAGAAGAGGGAGAUGAAGAGACUACCAGUGACGAUGUCCCCCAUAUCCAGUGUGAAGAUGGCUGUGACCCCCAGGGACUAAGGGACAACACUCAGUUCUGCCUGCAGAGGAUCCGCCAGGGUUUGUUUUUUUACGAGAAGCUGUUGGGCUCAGACAUUUUCACAGGGGAGCCGGCUCUCCUCCCUGACGGCCCUGUGGGUCAGCUUCACGCCUCUCUCCUGGGCCUCAGCCAACUCCUGCAGCCCGAGGGUCACCACCGGGAGACUCCGCAGACCCCGAGCCUCCAUCCCAGCCAGCCAUGGCAGCGCCGCCUCCUCCGCUUCAAGAUCCUUCGCAGCCUCCAGGCCUUUUUGGCCGUGGCUGCCCGAGUCUUUGCCCAUGGAGCGGCAACUCUGAGCCCCUAAGGCUACCAGCUUGAGGAUGGCACCCAGAGCUCUUGGCUCAGUGGUGCCAAGACAAAUCUAGUGCCCCAGACAACUGUGCACUAACAGUCCAUCACUUCCAGUGGACUUGCAAAUGUUGAAAAAUUUAUCAACUGACUGACUUAUGAUGCUGACUUAUGACAAAGCUGAGUAUUUAUUAGGUGGGAGGGGAAACUCUGGGACUAUUUAUUCUCAUGGGAGCAGUUCAAGGAUUAUUUAUUAUAUUUAUACUGAAUUAUGUAUUUUUUCCAAUAAAGACUUAUUUAUGUGCCUA